AUGGAGCUAGUGGAAGCUACGUGUUGUGCGACCUCAAGUAACCCUCUCAUGAAAAAAGCAUCCAUUUGUCAGGAAUCCAAUCUUGAACUCAAGCGGCGGGGACUACCUGAGCACCGGUUCGAGCUCGACAAAUGCAAAUGCUGUUGCGGCACGAGCGUCGAGCCCCACGACAACGGAGCGUACGGUGCUGUCCAUAGGCACUGUGACGUCUUUCGCCUUCCUCCAGGAGCAGCACGCGCCAUUAUCACCGCGAUCGGAGGACGAGUCUUCCCGCGUUCGAGGAUCAAGAUUUGGAGGGCCGAAUGUGCGCGAAAAUCACACUUAGUUUUUGAAUAA